GGUCAAUUUAUUUCAUGUUCACAUUCUGGGUUGGGCAAUCUUACAAGACAAUACAAAGAUAAUGCAACUGCCUUCAAACUCAUACACAGCGCUAAUGAGAUGUCAAAGAUUUAUGAUGGCGUCCCCAGAGGCAAAUGUGCGACAGAUGUCUACACGAGACUGCGGCAAUUGCUAGUAGACUAUAGUUUUUAUGCACACGAAUAAAAGUUUCAUAGUUCUCUUUAUCACACUUCCCGAUAAUAUUUCCCUCAAGUGACCGCCAGUUUACCUUUUUUUUUUCUUCCCCCGACGAUCUCCGAAAAGACAACACCAGGACCGCCAUUUCCGUGUCCGCCCAGAUGGCCGUCAAGUGUGCAGCUGUUCUACUGCUCUACAUUUCACUUGCCAACUCCAUUCAGAUGGGACAAGGCAACACACGUCUACGAACAGGUAAGGGCUGGUCGUGCAAUGCAACGCAUUGGAAAAAAAGUGGCGAGUCUGGAAACAGUCGCAUCUGUAGGUCUAUUGUUGACCUAAUUUUUUUUUUUUAAAGUGUUUACCAAAAUUAAAUAUAAAAGAAUACUACUAAAAAAGAUAAAUUUUAAUACCAACUUUUUUCCCGUAACCUUCUUAUAACUAAUUUGUAUUUUAUACUGCAAAAAACAAAAACAAACAAACAAACAAACAAACAAACCAUAAAACAAUAGAAAAUCCACCAUUAUAUUAAGGUUGAGAUUUUACUUGACCUAAUAGCAGUGGUUCUCAACCUUCCUAAUUUCGCGACCCUCUAAUACAGUUCCUCAUGUUGCGGCGACCCUCAACUACAAAACUAUUUACGUUGCUGCUUCCUAACUGUACAGUAUAAGUGUUUUCCGAUGGUCUUAUGCGACCCCUGUGAAAGGGCCGUUCGACCCCGACCACCACCCACCCCCCUCCCCCCAAAGGGUUGCCGCCAAAUAUGCCACCACACGAAGAAAAAUAUCAUCUACUUUCAUCUGAGGCGACUAUACCACUCCCACCACUUUUGUUUUGGUCCAGGUUGUAGAAGCAAAAAAAAAAACAAAACAAAAAAAACAAAACAAAAAAAACAAAACNAAAAAAAAAAAAAAAUAAAAAAAAAAAAAAAAAAAUAAUAAUUCCAAAAAAAAAAUGUUCAUUUAAAUCCGUUACCACCCACAAUUUUUCCCCCCCCCCCCCCCCCAAAAAAUUUUUUUUUUUAGUAAGCUUAUGAUUAUUUCUUUUUCAGCUGUAGCACUACAGAUUCAAAUGCUUCAAACGUUCGUUCACUUGCUGGACAGCUGUGGACCUUCAACGCCUCGUGUUAUUCAUUACGAGCCAGGUACAAGUUUUUCUUUCUAGUAACUUAGAUCACUUUGGAAAAAAAAAAAGUUUAGAACAAAAAAAUUGAAUUCUUAUCUGUAUUUUUGUUUAUAUUUUCCAUAUUAAAUUAUUACACCGGAAAAAAAAUAAAUAAAAAGUUUGCAAAGGGGCUGGGGGGGGGGGUUAGAUUUUAGUACCCACCUCUAACUCGAAUUGGAAGAAGCCACUUCCUCCUCCCUAUGUGUAGACGCCCCUGAGAGUUAUAACUAGCCAUUUCCUUAAAAAAAAAAUUUGAUUUAAUAAAUGUUUCAUGGAACGCUUCUAUACUAAGGGCACACGAGUAUGCACCUUGUACGCAAGACUUCUUCAAACCUUCACUGGACGUGAGGGAAUGACGUGCAAGGAUUCUACGGGUCUGAGGAAGUUGCGUGUGUGAUCAAAAUUUCUUUAACAUUGAGUUACGCAACCUUUUUUGAGUUAUGGAUCAUUUCAAUAAAAAAAAAAAAUGUAUAACUGCAAAGAAAAUAUUUUUUGGAUCUGCUUUAAGGGGUGAAUUGUUUAAAAUAUAUUCCAAAAAAGGAAAAAAAAAAUAUCUGCAAUAUCAAUCUCUUAAAUAUAUAUUUUUAGCUCGUUUUGUGACUGCUUCCAUUUCCAGAUAGAGCGCAAAAUAUAAUUCUCGAUAACUUCGCUAAAUGAUUUUUUAUUUUCAAACGACGUAGCUGAGUUUGGCGCGUAAUAUUUUCCUUUCUGGAAAUGCAACCGUCUCAAUUUAAAUAUGGCGUAAAAAAUAUUCGGUUUAAAAGUCAUUGGAACAUCUGAAUAUUUCAUAUAGUUCAUGGGCCUGAAAUAAAAAAAAAAGGGAAGUGACGUAGAUGGGACGCGUUAACCUUGGUCGGCAACUCAGCUAAGAGAAGGAACUCUAAAUUACCACCCGGAGAUGGCGUCCCCAUACAGGCGGCAAACACCGAAACAAUGAAUCAUUCCGAAAACCCCAGGGACGGCCCGGAUGCCAUCACUGAGAGCGCAGUGAGCCAUGCUGAAAUAACAUUGGAUACUUAGCGCUAUAUAACUAUUAAAUCAAUCAAUCAAUCAUGGGUUCGAGCAAAAAUUGGGAUUCUUAAAUGUGUGUUACUUGAGUUCAUGUUUUGUCAAGUAACUUUAAAAGAUGGGAGGUUCACGCAUUGCCACCAACGAUUUGUGUGUUAUAACUAGUAGACGGGAAGUUGACACAUCGCUGUCUCCAAUGUUCGGCAGCUAUAACUAGUAGAUGGGAAGUUGACCCAUUGCUGUCGCCAAAGUCUGGCGGGCUAUAACUAGUAGAUGGGAAGUUGACGCAUUGCUGUCGCCAAAGUCUGGCGUGCUAUAACUAGUAGAUGGGAAGUUGACGCAUCGCUGACUCCAAUGAAAUGGCGAGCUAUAACUAGUAGAUGGGAAGUUGACACAUCGUUGUCUCCAAUGUAAUGGCGAGCUAUAACUAGUAGACGGGACGUUGACACAUCGCUGUCUCCAAUGUAAUGGCGAGCUAUAACUAGUACAUGGGAAGUUGACACAUCGCUGUCUCCAAUGUAAUGGCGAGCUAUAACUAGUAGAUGGGAAGUUGACACAUCGUUGUCUCCAAUGUAAUGGCGAGCUAUAACUAGUAGAUGGGAAGUUGACACAUCGUUGUCUCCAAUGUAAUGGCGAGCUAUAACUAGUAGAUGGGAAGUUGACGCAUUGCUGUCUCCAAUGUCUGGCUAGCUAUAACUAGUAGCUAGGAAGUUUACACAUUGCUGUCUCCAAUGACUGGCGUGCUAUAACUGGUAGAUGGGAAGUUGACCCAUUGCUGUCUCCAAUGUUCUUGCGUGCUAUAACUAGUAGAUGGGAAGUUGACACAUUGCUGUCUCCAAUGUCCGGCGUGCUAUAACUUGUAGAUGGGAAGUUGACACAUUGCUGUCUCCAAUGUUUGGCAAGCUAUAACUUGUAGAUGGGAAGUUGACACAUUGCUGUCUCCAAUGUUUGGCAAGCUAUAACUUGUAGAUGGGAAGUUGACGCAUUGCUGUCUCCAAUGUUUUGCAAGCUAUAACUUGUAGAUGGGAAGUUGACACAUCCCUGUCUGCAAUGUUUGGCGAACUAUAACUUGUAGAUGGAAAGUUGACACGUUGCUGUCUCCAAUUUUUGCAAGCUAUAACUUGUAGAUGGGAAGUUGACCCAUUGAUUUCGCCAAUGUCCAGGCGUGAUGUAACCAGUAAUGAUAAUAAAAUAUGAAAUAUAAUUCAUAAUAAACGCACUUUGCAACAAAAAAUACUAAAAAGUUUCAAAGAAAUGGCCCCUAAAAUGUCAGAGGUGCUAGAGUCAUAUGACUAAAAGCGCGUGGUUGGGGUGGGGGAGGCAUAAGCGGAGGUUGGCGAGCGUAAAAUAUUUCUAAUUCAUUCGACAUCGCGAAUUGGUUUAAAAAAUGAUGUGCCAAAUAGAGGUCACUCAAGGUUCAGUAGAGGUCACUGAUGAUCUUCAAAGUUUACAUUUUUGUCAACGGAGCUGGGUAAAUUUACACAAUUACAAUUCAAUAGGACCUAGAAGAAGUGGGUCAAACUUUAGAUGCAAGGGCAAAUGGAGAUUACUGAUGACGUACUGAUUGAUAUGCACUGUCUUCUUUUGUGACAAAACGUACCUCUUAUUUAAAGUUGAUGGUUCGUUCGACACAGAGCCUAACAAAGGACGAUACCAUAGAGAAUUACAAUGGCAAAAAUACGACAUUCAAAACUGUACUAAUUACAAUUAAUAAGAUUUAUUUAAGUAUUAAUAUAUAAUUACAAAACAAAAGAAAUAUAAUUGCAAUCAUCAACUUAAAGAGUAUGGGAUGUCUUGUACCGGUACGCAGUUAGUACAAUGUGACAAUUAAUAAUGUACAAUGAUGAAUCCGAAUAAACACACAUGAGUGCACACAAUAAUACGGUUGUCUCGUGAAGUGAAAAAUAUCUAUCAACCGAUCUCCGUGAAUCUCUGAAUUCCCUUAUUUAUAUAGUGGGUCUACCGACGCAUCCAGAAAAGCGGUACACAUUGUUUACUUUUCUAGUCCAAACGCGAACAUUCUACAAAAUGUUAUGAGAAACAGAUACAUUACUUUAAUAAGUAUCGGUAGUAAACACGGCAACAUGAAAAGAAAAUAGGCCACGCCCAAUACAAAUGCGGUCUAAUUUUGGGGUCAAACAGAGUUCACGGCACGGGGAAAGUGUGACGUAAACACGUUCUACAUAACACUUAUCAUGAAAAAUGUUUCGGAGGCUGGUUAAGUUUGGAAAGUUUAAACUCAUUUGGACCCAAUGAAGUAUGGUCAAUGAAGUGAAUAAAGGAAGUGGAUCCAAAAAAAAAGUGGGUUUAAGGAAGUGGGUCAAAAAUGUUAUUAUCCACCACAAACUAAACUGACAUGACCAGAGAAUGACAAUUUAACGCUACGAACCUUAAUGAUUACUCCGAAACCUAUCCGUGUGGCACAGACAUGACCAGAGAAUGACAACUGAUAACUUACUUUGGAGAUGGUGUCGGUGAGUCGUCAAGUUCGCACUCAUAAUACCCCCGGCACUCCCCCAAACGGGCCAAGGCCUCCCCCGCAGCCCCAGACCACGCGGAAGCGCGCCGGGAAUUUCCCUUACUGGCCUAAGGGACGUCCGGCAGACCGAGGGCGCUGCGUUUAAAGCGUCCGUAGUCCGCUCUCCUAUGGGUCAGGACGGCUUUACUUCCUCUCCGGAGAGGUGGUGUUGCGUUACCACUCCCCACCGCCCAGGGAGCUGUCCAGUCGGGACGUAGCGGGGACGAAACGGUCGCCUAGGGGCGGCUUUCUCAGGGCCGCGUCUUUUUAAUCAUUGACAAGGGUUUGGGCGGCCACCCAUUGCCUCAUACCCGUCAACGGCAACAGUAAUCAUGUUAGCGCUAAACUUCCGUUGCGUUGAAAGUCAUGCGUUUUGCCUGGGAUCUUUUAGCUUCAGAAGAAAAUUCCCUCCUACUAGUCGGGCACGCCACGAAGAGGCAAGAUCCCGUGAAACACCACCAUGAGGCUUGUGGUGCUGGACAAGGAUUUUCCAGAGGUCCACCCUUGCCCGCCCGAGAAUGACAACUUAACGCUACGAAACUUAAUAAUUACUCCAAAAAAACUGUCCGUGUGGCACAUACAUGACCAGAGAAUGACAGCUUAACGCCACGAAACGUAGUGACUACUUCACAGACAGUCCGUGUGACACAGACAUGACCAGAGAAUGACAGCUUAACGCCACGAACCGUAGUGACUACUUCACAGACAGUCCGUGUGACACAGACAUGACCAGAGAAUGACAGCUUAACGCCACGAAACGUAAUGCCUACUCCACAGACUGUCCGCGUGGCACAGGCAUGACCAGAGAAUGACAGCUUAACGCCACGAACCGUAGUGACUACUUCACAGACAGUCCGUGUGACACAGACAUGACCAGAGAAUGACAGCUUAACGCUACGAACCGUAAUGACUACUUCACAGACAGUCCGUGUGACACAGACAUGACCAGAGAAUGACAGCUUAACGCUACGAACCGUAAUGACUACUUCACAGACUGUCCGCGUGACACAGACAUGACCAGAGAAUGACUGCUUAACGCUACGAGCCGUAAUACCUACUCCACAGACUAUCCGUGUGACGUAGGGUGGUUAAACUGCUAUAAGCUUAAAAAAUGGAAAAGAAUCAACAAAACUCCCUGCUGCAGAAGGUAUAAAUUUCUACCGUACAUGAGAGGCGGGUCUUGCAUCUGUAUCAAAAAGGUAAGGUACAGCUAGCUGUUUCACCUUUGACUAUUUUAAAAGAGUACAAGUGCUUUUACGUCUUAUAGGUUAUGGGACCCUGUGUGUGUGUUUAUAAAGUUAAGAGUCCCUGUGUGUUCCAUCAAGUCAGGACACUCUGUAUGUUUCUAUAAAGUUAGGAAACCCUGUGUGUGUCUAUAAGUUUAAGAGACCCUUGUGUUCUAUAAGGUUAGGAGUCCCUGUGUGUGUUUUUGAGGUAAAUAGACCCUGUGUUUGUUUAUAACGUAAGGAGGCCAUGGGUCUGUAAGGUGAGACUCUAUGUGUGUUUUUUUUUGAUAAGUUAAGGAGGCAGUGUGGGUAUAUAAGAAAAAAAUGAGUGGAUUUUAGCGUUCAAGAUAAGGAGUCCAUGUCUAUGAGAAUGGAGAUUACAGACUGACCGAAACCGAAACGAACGUUAAGAACGACUAUCGGCCGAAACCGAAGCCAAAACCACUGCUGCUUAACGAUACUACCGGACGAUACCUAAAGAUUUUGAUAUUUCAAAACUCGUUUGCGCAGACUUUGUACGCACUUCGAAAAGAGAUAGGUAAAAUAAUAUUGAUAUGUUUUAUUAGUCUAUUUUUUAAAUUAUAUGGAUGUGAAGACACAUAACUGAAUUGGUGAAAUUUACUAAACAUUUUAAUUCGCUGUCAAUGACAAAAUGUUCAGCAUUAUAAUGAGAAAUUUCAAAUAAAAUUCCAAAAUAUUUAUUUACGUUUAUAUAUAUAUAAAUAAUAAAAUAAUAAUAUAUAUAUAUAAAUAAUCGAAUUGUUAGCAUUCCCUUAGAUUUUUUUUCACAAUAUGAUUUACCGUUGCCAAUGACAACAUAAACUAAAAAAUAAUGUCACGAAUAACUAAGGGUUCGCAAAUUAGAUUUCAGAAUCAAACAAAUAUGUAAAACCAACAUAUUAAAAGAAAUAGUAGCAUUCCCUUAUUUAUUAUUUAUUUUUUGUCCACAUCACUAUUUCUCUUAACCUAAGUGUAAUUUUAAUUUCAUUGUGAGAAAUAGUAGACUAAUAGGUCAUCAUGCAGCUGCGAGCACUGUUGGCCGAGGAUUAGUCACAUAUCAUAGGAAAACAGCAAGACGUGGAGCAAUAAUGAAUAUCGGAUUACCGGCCGACCAAAAACACACAGUGACAAUCGUACGACUGGUAGACGACCGAAAGUCUCGGCCGAACUCGAAAUCCACCGAAAGAUACAUUUUUCUGCUUCGACCGAAUCCGAAACUAAGCCGAAAUGGGUCAUGUGGCAACUUUCGGCGCCGAAACCGAAAUGAAAACGGUUUCUAAUGGGAACCGCGUGAGAGUAGACAGUGACGAGGCGGUUAUAGUCUAUGAGAUAAGGAGGUCACGUGUGUCCAUCAGAUAAGGAGGUCCCGUGUGUCCAUCAGAUAAGACGGUCCCGUGUGUCCCCCAGAUAAGGAGGUCACGUGUGCCCAUAAGAUAGGAGGUCACGUGUGUCCAUCGGAUAAAAGGGGACCAUGUCAUAAAUGUGUACAUAUAAGUUAACGAGGCCGUUUGUGUCUAUGGUGUCGGGGGUGUGAUUAGGCAGGGGAUCUCAACCUUCUUACUGCCGCGACCUUUACUUACUGUCCCGCGUGUUGUGGGGACCCCCCAAUCAUUGCUACUUCAUAACUGUAAGUUAUAUGUAUUUUCCGAUGGCUAUGCGACCCUUAAGAAAAGGGUUGUUCGACCCCGAAAGGGGUCGCGACACACAGGUUGUGAGCCGCUGUGUUAAGGCAAGGAGGCGUGCAUGUCUAUAAAGUAGGGAGGCCGUCUGUGUGUGUGUGUGUGUGUGUGUGUGUAAAGUACCAAGACUCUCUGUGGCUAUUAGGUAAGGAGGCUGUGUACGCCUAUCCGACAAGCAGACUAUGUGUUCGCAGAAGACAGAGUGCCCGUAUGCAUUAAUCUAAAUCAGCUCAGCUAUUAAAAUUUAAUCAUGCACAAGUAAACAUUGGCAGUUUAGCUUACUCAAUCCAACAAACUAAAUGCAUGGGCAUGAUAAGAUAAAAGAAAAAUUGUCAUCAAUUAGAAAAUCAUGAAUUAUUGAUCCUCAAAGCACGUUAAAAAAAUAACGAUUUUUUUUUCCUAACCAUUAACCAUUACAUUAAUGUUUCCUAUUGAUCACAUUCUCUCAAAAUAUGAUUUUCUCAAAAUUAACCACUUUUUUAUUUAGCUGAGUUAAAGCAAGAAGGCCAGGAAACUGUUUGAAGCGACCGAUCCAUGUUGAACAUUGGAGAAGAGACAGUACCUGAUCUUU